CACCACCAACUUUCUUCUUCCGCACACGACACGACACCAUUUCCUUCCACGAAACCAAAACCUCAAAAGUGCGACAAUCGAGCAAUUACGAAAGACAGUAAUCUCUUCUCCUCGUCAGAACUCGCAGAUUCCAACAUCAACAAUGGCUCCUCCGCCAUCCGCAUCUCUGCCUUUGCAGCAGCGAUUGAUUCAGCUGGCGCAGACUCUACAGUUCGCUUGGUUUGUUGGACAUCUGACCCUCCUCUUCUGUAUCGCUCGCUAUGGGCUCUCCUACAUCACAUUCAACUACUACUCGAGAUGGGCAAGAUUCUCCUACCGUACCGCUUUCGUUUCCGCGGCGGUGACAUAUGGAAUUGUGGUCUACAAGGCUUUCCGUGCUCGUUCAAGACCUGGCGCAAAAGCUCCUCCCAGUGCUCUUGCCCUUGUCGCUGAUGAGAAUGUUCAAUACUUGGCUAUGGCCCUUGUCUGGCUCUUCUCUCCUCAAUACCCUCUCGCCAUGCUUCCGUUCGGUGUCUACUCCGUCUUCCACGUUGCCACCUACACUCGCACAAACCUGAUCCCCACCAUCCAACCUGGCCAACCAAUUGCUCCUGCAGCUGGUGCAAGCCCAUCCGCCAAGCCAGCCACCAAGACCAGCCCAUAUGCCGACAUGAUUGGCAGGUUCGUCAAGGAAUACUAUGACACCUCCAUGGGACUCGUUGCUAUCCUCGAGAUCCUGCUCUGGGGCCGUCUCUUCCUCUCCGCCGUCACCUUCCAAAAGGGUUCCUGGAUCUUGAUCGCAGUCUACACCGCCUUCCUCCGAGCUCGAUUCGCACAAAGCACCUUCGUCCAAGGCUCGUUCAAGCAAUUGGAGGCAAGAAUCGAUAACCUCGUUGGUGCGCAAUCUACUCCUCCAGCUGCCAGAGCUGUUUGGGAUAAUGUUAAGGGUGGUGCGAGGACAUUCCAUGAUGCUACCGAUGUUGGCAAGUACGUCAAUGGUCCUCAAGCUCAGAAGAAGGCUUCUUAGCUACUCCACGCGAAUUACGACCAAUAUAUCUGGAUACGCCGACUUGUUUGUGUAGGUGAAGCAUAUCCAAGUCACAGGCAGCAGAUGAUGGAACAUGGACAGGAGGUAUACGCAAGCAGGAAGGGGAAAUGAAAAGUACAGUGAUAAGGAAGGAAAGAGAGGUGGAUCGGGAACUCUUUGAUUUCUACAUCAUA